AUGGUCGACAUGGAGAGCCAUUACCAUCCCCCUUCGCCCCUGGAGGACUCGGUGCUGGGCAGCCCCCUGUGCGCCGAUCACAACUUCAUAGGCGGCAUGGAGGAGCUCCAGGACAUCUCCCAGUCCAUCGACAACGACGCCCUCAGCUCCUUUGAUGUCCCCGAAUACCAGUCCUCCAGCAAUGGCUCUGAAGGUUCCACUGUUCUAGAUGCCCUGACACCAGCAUCCAGCCCGUCGUCGGUUGUUUACGGGAUGGCAGCGGGCCAGGAUGAGUUCUCAUCUGCCUCCUCUUCGCUCAAUCUAGAGUGUCGAGUUUGUGCUGACCGUGCCUCGGGCUAUCACUAUGGAGUCCACGCAUGCGAGGGCUGCAAGGGUUUUUUUAGGCGGACCAUCCGUCUGAAGCUGGAGUAUGACAAGUGUGAGCGUCGCUGCAAGAUCCAAAAAAAGAACCGCAACAAGUGCCAAUACUGCCGCUUCCAGAAGUGCCUGUCGGUGGGCAUGUCCCACAACGCCAUCCGUUUUGGUCGGAUGCCCCAGUCAGAGAAGCUAAAGCUGAAGGCGGAGAUGGUAACGGGGGACAGGGAGGUGGAAGACCCCCAGGUAGCCGACCAGAAGACGCUGGCCCGGCAGAUUUAUGAGGCCUUCCUCAAGAACUUCAACAUGAACAAGGCCAAGGCUCGAACCAUUCUCACCGGCAAGACCAGCACCCCUCCUUUCGUCAUCCAUGACUUGGAGACCCUACAGCUGGCAGAGCAGACGCUUGUGGCAAAGAUGGUGGGCUCAGCAGGAACGCUAAAGGACAGGGAGGUAGAAGUACGGAUUUUCCACGUCUGCCAGUGCAUGUCGGUGGAAACCGUCACCGAGCUCACAGAGUUUGCAAAGUCCGUCCCCGGGUUCUCGAGCCUGGACCUCAAUGAUCAGGUGACUCUUUUGAAAUAUGGCGUGUACGAGGCCCUCUUUGCCAUGCUUGCCUCCAGUAUGAACAAGGAUGGGCUACUUGUAGCGUACGGCUCUGGCUUCAUCACCCGGGAAUUCCUCAAGAGCCUGCGGCGGCCGGUCAGUGAUAUGAUGGAGCCAAAGUUCCAGUUUGCAAUGAAGUUUAAUGCGCUGGAGCUGGAUGACAGUGACCUGGCACUGUUUGUUGCUGCUAUCAUCUGCUGUGGAGACCGCCCAGGCCUGGUGAAUGUGGCGCACAUUGAGCGAAUGCAGGAGAGCAUUGUGCAGGUGCUACAGCUCCAUCUGCUGGCCAAUCACCCCGACGACUCUUUCCUCUUCCCCAAGCUACUGCAGAAACUGGCUGACCUCCGGCAGCUAGUCACUGAGCAUGCACAACUGGUGCAGGAGAUCAAAAAGACAGAGGACACCUCACUGCACCCACUCCUGCAGGAGAUCUACAGAGACAUGUACUGAGGGUUGUGGAGGAAUAACCAGGAGAGGCACUCUACAAAUCAUCUCCUUUUUUCAGGGACAAAAGAAGAAGAAGAGUCCUCCAUAAGCUAGGUUGAACCACUUAAACCCCCAUAAUGCAGCAAGAGUUAGCUUUGGCUUCUGGUCAGCACAAGAGGUCCCGUUAAGGUCCUGGCAAGAGGCUGAUGAUUUUCUUGGCUUGACACAGUACUCUCCACUCCAUUGUGUGGACCUUCAUUGGCAAAAAAGUCAUUUAUGCAAAGAUGUGACGUACACAGCUGAUUGAGCCCCUAUCUAGAUACCAGUGUUUGCAAUCUCUGACCAAACACUUAAUGCUAAUUUGAUGUAGUUGAGGUGAUCUCCAUGGUUAUCCCUAUCCUGACCCUUAACAAGCCCUAAAAUGAGGAAAAAACGUGAACUUGAUAGUCACCACUCCAGCAGUAUGCUUGAAAGUAGAUUUUUAUACUGAUGUCAAAGAGCAAAAAGCCAUAUACCUUCACAGUUAACAACGCCCAUAUGACUUCAGUAGGCAGCAACAUUAAGACAGUAAUGAUACAGUUUCCAAGCAAGGCAGCUACUGCCAAAUUGGCUGUCAAUAACGGGUGGUGAUGGUUAUCCAUGCACCAGCCCCCCUAGCAUGUUCCUUCCCCGUUUGUAUACCCAGAGACAUAACUGUGGUGCCACCAGGCUCCUGAACAUAAACAUGUAUUUGUACUGUAAGCCUUCUAAGCCAUACUGUGUUUGUAAUGAUACUGGAAAUGAUUAUCUCUUUUUUUCAAGUCUUUCAUUGAGUUGCCAAGGUCAUCCAGUCUUUCUUCAAACACGUUUUUGAGGUCGCUAACCUCAGUUAGGAGUAGCUGUGCCCAGUCAGGUGUUUCCUCAUCAUUUGUUUGAUUGCCGCACGCCACUCACUUUUCUUUGUUUUGGCUCGGGUUUCACAGGAAAACCAGCAAUAGACAUGCAGAUAGGCAACUAUGUUUUAAGCAGACAAAUCCAGAUCUUUAGUUUAAGUAAAUUGUCAUUUGGAGGCCCAACAUCAAGUUUGAAAGGUACAUUGUGUAGGAAUUUCUGCCAUCUAGCGGUGAAAUUGUAUUUUGCAUUCAAACGAAUAGUGCUCUCUAGCACCUCGCUUUUUCAAAUGCGUAUUGCAACUACGGUAGCCAUUAUGUACCAAGAAGCUAUUCAUUGAGUUUUCUUUCGGGUGAUGAGGUUCGUUAUUUCAAACAAACUGCAUUGAAUCAUUAGUGUGAGCAUGUAUAAGUAAUUGUCCUUGUAAUUUAGACCGUAACAUUCACUUGCCUGUCAAGGAGAAAGCCGGCAACUUCAGCGUCCCUUUGAAAGUCUUUCUCCUUCAUUAGCUCUUUCCACCUGGGAAAGGCUACCCCGAUGUUUACCCUCGUGUUUUGAAUUCGCCGGUAACGUUGACUUUUUAAUUCUUUUUUUCGUUUUUUUGGCGAUGAGGAUUCCUUCUCCUGUGGCUCGGCAUAAGUAUGAUCAUCCAUUAGUGACAAGCGCCUCUCACUGAUCUCCUCCGUUUCAGCUGGUUUCAGUCACGUGAUGCUGGCUCUGAACGAAAAAGCGUUGCUCGUGCUUUAUGUCCCUCUCAGCGAGUUAUAGUUUUUCAAAAUGG